AUGAAUUCUAGAGACCCUCCUAGUAAAAUUUUGUUAUUGAUAAUAACUUACUUGCCUUAAUCAUUCCCACUUACAAAUGAUUUUUUAUUUGAUAUUUUUAAAUAGUAUGGAGAAGUCAAAAAAAUUUUAAUUUUCGAAAGAGGAAAGACUAACAAAGCAUUCGUAGAAUACAAUGAAAUUAAAUAAGCUAUUUCAGCAAGACGUAAUAUGAUAGGAAAAUCCCUCACUCCUUAAGGAGGAAGGUAACACUUUCAGUUAUAUUUAUACCAGAUUAUUGAUUCAUUAUUCUCGUUUGAAAUAACUAGACUUAGAAGUGGUUGAUCAUACCAGAGGUUCUGAAUAUCACUCCGAUGAUGAAGAAACAUUACCACAAUAAAAGUCAACUUUGAAAUCGAUGACGCUACCUAAUUCAAAUCACAUAUCUCCACCUUUAAUUAAACCUCAAUCUAUUGAAUAAAUCCCAGAAAAUCUUAAUCAAUCCAAUGGCAUACGUAAAAUUACAGAAGAAUCUCCAACCAAAGCCAUGUAUCUAUUUUAAUUAUAAUUUUCUAGAAUGGAAACGCAAUUAAGAUAAUUAGAAAGAAUUUUAGAUGAUGACUAUGAAUAAGAAAUAGCUAAAAUUUAAUGCACUCAGUUGGAUCCCAAUGAAUUGGCCAUUUAAGAAUUAUUAAAUCAAUAACCGUCUAAAUUUCUUAAGGUUUCAAAUUUAGAUGAAAGAGUAACUCCAAGGAUGCUUUAUAAUCUCUUUAACAGGUUUGGACAUUUGGAAGCCUUGUUGUUAAAAAAAAAUAUUCGUUAAUCAAUUCUAUAAUUUGUAAAUAAAGAGAAUGCAAUUAUAGCCAAAGAAUUACUCAAUAAUGUAGUUUUUUUCGGAAAUGAGGUGAGCAUAUGAUUUAAUUAUCUUAGUUGAGAAUCUUAUUUUAUAAUGCUCAUAAUCCACUUUUGUAGCCUAUUAAUCCUAAUGAAGAAUAUUACCAAGGCAGUCAAACCAAAUUUAAAAUUGUUCCCUUGUCUAGAAAUCUGUAAUUUACUGGAAUACCAUAAUUAUUAGAAAUUUAAGACAUGGUUAAGUUAGUUGGAAAAAUUCAAGGUAAUCCUAUUCUCAAUUUUAGAAAUUAAACUUGACUCUUAGAACAUUCUAAUUACUAUGGUUGAUAUCUAUGAAGCAUUGAAAGUAAUCUCAGUCUUUUCGGAGUAUGAUUACAAAGGAAAUAAAAUUAGUUUGACUUUAAAAUGA